AUGGUGACUGCUUGGCUGUUGAACUCUUUGACAAAGGAAAUUGUUGAUAGUGUGAUGUAUUCAACAUCAACAAAGGAAAUCUGGGACAGUCUCCAACAGAGGUUUGGAAAAUCAUAUGGAACAAAGCUAUAUCACCUACAAAAGGAACUGAGUGUGUCAGUUCAAGGUAACCCUAGCAUUUCAACAUACUUCACUAAACUAAAAAGGAUAUGGGAUGAGUUAGAUUGUUUGAACUCUGAUAUUGUGUGCAGAUGCACUUGCACAUGUGAGGGAAAUGAGAAGUUGUCUAAAUCUGUUCAGGAUCAGAGGUUGAUUCAUUUUCUAAUGGGGUUAAAUGAUGUGUAUACUCAAGCUAGAGGGAAUAUUUUAAUGAUAAACCCUCUCCCUAGCAUGAACAUUGUUUAUUCCUUGCAACUUCAAGAUAAAAGUCAAAGAGAAGUUCAUAUGAGUGCACAAGUCUUUUCAAAUUCUUCUUCUUUCAUGGUUGCAAAUCAAGGAAAGCCUAACUUUAAAGGACCAGGACAAUCUUCUAGAAAUCAAACCUAUUCAAAACUUGCAAACUACCCAUAA